AUGGUUGAAGCAUCAAUAAAGCACAAAACAAAGCAGGCCUUGAGCACCCCAAAUGAGGACUUAUCCACAUACGAUUUAGUGCUUCAAGUGUACUCUCCAGCGGAUGCCAAAACAGGAGCUGCAUUGCCAGAAGCUUCGAUUGGAAUUCAGUAUUUAUUGAAGACAUUGGAUAUGAACCGGUUCAAAAUUGCGGUUCGGCCGGACUCCAUCGUCGAUUCGUUUCUUGUAUUCAUCAAAGUGGAGGAUGCGGAGUUCGAACAGUUGGUCAAGAAGGCUCAGAAAGUCGAUUCUUUGUACGGCGUGUCGCAAUUGGAUUCUUUUGACAAAAUCACGCCUGCCGACAGAUUGAGGCUUGUUAAUGCCAAAUUGACAUCGCCAAAGUCCGAAGGCGGAGCAGAGAUUACUGUGGGUGAGGGCAAGUGGUCAUACGUUGGCUCAUGUGUUCCAGUUUCGUCCGUUAAGGCCACGUCUCAGGGUUUGGACAUAUUCAAAAAGUCCGCAUACAAGUUUUUCGAUGCAUCCUCUCUUAAGCAGCAGACCGGGUUCCUCUUGAAGAACUUCGGCACAAAGUACACCUUCUACUUCAAGGUUGUCUCGGAGUACUCCGUUUUUCUUGUGAUUUUGUCCGCCGUUGGUCUUGCUUCUCAAUAUUUCUAUGGUUCUCUCUCCAAAGUUUUCACAGCCUUGAAUCUUAUCAUUGGAGCAUCUUUCUACUUGUGCUGGUACGGAUCCGAGAAGAAGUGGGCAAAGGACUGGAAUGUGGUCAACGUGGGUCAUGUGGAUGUCUCGAGAACAGAUAAGAAGGACCCACCUUACAAAGUUCUUCUCAGAAAGGUGCUUUUUGCACCAAUUGCUCUUGGCAGCUCGUUGAACUUGGUCUUCUACCAGUUUGCAUGCUUCCUCAUCGAGAUCUUUUUGAAUGAGAUCUACCAGGGCCCGGGAAAGAUGGUUUUGUCGCUUGUUCCAACCAUCUUGGUCUGCUCGAUUGUCCCAGUUUGCACUUUCUUCUACUCCACCAUCAUCUCGUACUACUUAAAGUUCGAGAACAAUCCAACCAAGGCUGCCCACUCCAAGUCCUACCUUAUCAAGAUGUUCUUGUACAACUUCUUGUCGAGUUACGUUCCCUUGCUUAUCACGUCGUUUGUUUAUUUGCCAAGCGGCUACAAGGUGAACUCGUACUUGGGUAAAAUUGAUAGUUUUGUGGCUGAUUUCAGCAACAGGAACGCCAAACUUCCCCACAUACCUGUUUUAACGAAGGACUACUCGGUAAACAGCCUUCGUUUAAAGACUCAGUUCACCUAUUUCAUCCUCACAAACCAGAUCGUUGGUGUUUUCAUGGAGUUUGGCUUGCCAUUCAUCCUCAGAAAGCUUGCUGCAGUUCCUGCACUUGGAAAAUUACUCGGUGCACCUGCAUCUGCACCUGUGAAAGACACAGAUGAGGAGAAAAAGCUUUUAGCGGGCCUCAGGCACAAGUUGGCACUUCCAGCUUAUGAUGUGAAUGAUGACUAUAGACAGUUCAUCUUGCAGUUUGGAUUCAUGAUCAUGUUUGGUCCUACUUGGUCCUCAAGUGUCCUUAUCUCGCUUGCCAUCGAGCUUAUCCAGGUGAAGGCCGAUUUUUUCAAGAUCAUGAAACUCGUCAGACCUCCAAAUGCAGACAGGGCCGAGUCUUCUUAUCCUUGGCCUCUUUUCUUGAAGAGUCUUCUUAUUAUUGGUUCUUUCACCUCUGUUGCCAUCACCUUAAUGUACAAUGGAGGUGAUCUUGGUGCUUAUGUUGACAAAUCAUCCGUCAAGACCAGUUUGCCAGCCGUUUUCUUGGCUGCUCUUAUCUCUUGCCUGCUAAUGCAGGCAGGUCUCUACUUUGGUGAGUCCUUGAUCGAUGAAUACUACUCUGAUCCGGGUACCGAGACUGCAAAACGUGAAAAAGUCAUCUGCCACAUCUUGAAGAAUUCCCAGCCAUCUGGAAAAGCUGCAUCUUUGAAUGAUGUCCAGUCCUUGAUCACCGAAUCCUUGGCUUUAACCGCCGCUACCAGGAAGGUUGUUCCGGCGGAAAAGAAGGGGAAGAAAGCCGAGUGA